AGGUACAGAAUGCAUUAAUGAACACUACAUUAUACGUGCAUGGUGCGUUCUCAGCGGAACAGCCGUGACAGGUAUGUUCAAUCUACAGUACUUACACCAGUCAGUGGUGGGACGCCUAUAAACAGGCUUAAAGCGUGGUCGCUGGUGCUAAGACCGGGAAGGUUCGUGAUGGAGAUAUGCAAGGUGUGACUAUAUAUUUUUGGAUAUUCUGUUAUAAUAUCUGUGUCCGUCUGGCGUCAGCUGCGUCUCUUCGCGUGACCUGUGGGUCCCAGGCAAUGGAGGUGGAGUUGGACAAGAGCUAUUUCCCUGGGCUUCAUGGGCAGGACUUGACCAUGAGGGAUGGAGGGUGUGCGGCCACGGACACACCCACCCAUGUGUUUUUUACUGUGCCGCUCGAUGGGUGUGGCACUCAGGUCAAGAACAUCGAGGAUGCGUUUGUCUAUGAGAAUCAGGUGUUGUCGCACACGGUGCCGGUAAAGGGGCUGGUGAAGACGGUGAGGGACGUCAACAUCACGGUCCGCUGCUACUACAGUAACAACAUCACGGCGAGAAACUUCUACGUUGUUGACACGGGCGAGCUGCACUUCACCGACCACAAUCAAGGAGCCUACCAGAUCAGCAUAGACCUUAUCCACAACGGAAACAGUUAUAACCCAAACAACUCCGUUGAGCCCGGCGAGGAGCUGUCAAUCAAGCUGUCUCUCCAUAGCAACGAUUCGCACUUGCAGGUGUUCGCCAGAAGCUGCAAGGCCACGCCCACAGAUGAAACAGACCACCGUGAACAAUACCUUAUUUUAGACAAUGGAUGCGUCACCGAAUCGACCUUGACCUUCAAAGACGUCAGUCACAUGACAGAGGAGACCUUGACCUUAGAGACGUUCAAGUUCGUGAACAGUUCCAGCAUGGUAUACUUCCACUGCGAGGUGUUGGUCUGUAACGCGUCUGACCCCGAGUCCAGAUGUCACCACGGUUGUCUGGCCCCAGGGAGGGGGAGGGGGGACGCUGGAGGGAGGGUCCGGAGGAACUCCGAUAGGAAGAGUCUCCGAGCCGACGUUUACCUCGCAUCUCACCAUCUCACUGCAGGGCCAGUGGGAAUAAAUGGACAUGAGGCCUCAAAGCGGACGAAAAAAUCGGAUAUCCAUAACCACAAAGCCUCGAACCCAGAGACGGUGCGUGCUGCUGUGACUGCUGGGCUAGCUCUCCUGGGCGUGGUCCUCAUCAUGAUCACGGUCGCUAUCUCCAUCGUUGUCAAGAGCGACGACGAAGACGUGGAUAUCAAGGAUGAAGCUAGAGAAAGACUUUUAGAUGGAGAUGAAUAGUAUUGCCUUAUUAAACAUUGAUGAUUUUUAA